AUGACAACAACACAAGAUAAUUAUUCAAUAGUAGAUUUCCUACGCACAUUACAAGAUCCUGCGCCUCAGUAUGUACUAGGUUGUGGACCGGCUGUAGCAACAAUAGGUGCAUCGCCAGAGAGUGGUUUAAUAAAUAAGUUAUUAUGGUUAUUACGAUGUCUUGGUUGUCCAUUUACCGGAUUGUUUUACGCCUGCGUAUGCAAUGAUCCGAUAACAAUGAGUAUAUACUGGCUCACUUCAGAUCAUUUUAUGAUGAAAGAUGAAAAUAUACUUCCCUAUAGACCUUUAGGUCAUUAUACUAUGAAAAUAACAGUAGAUGAACAAGAUGAUGAUGUUAUUAAAUUACUUGAAGAAUGUAUUGCAGAGGCUUCCGUACUAGAUAGACUUAGUUCGCUGGCCUCUGCAUAUUAUAUAUUUCUUGGUAUAAUUACAGGGUUAAUCAAAGCGAUGCGUAUAGGACAACCAUGUCCUAAAGAAGAUUGGCCAUAUCUACCACUAGCAUUAGCCUGGACAUUACCAGCAAUUUAUAAGAGAGUAUAUGGAGGAAGAAUGGUAGUUAACGACCCUAGAGACAGGUUAAAAGAUAUGCACCUUGUUGUGAGUGACCUUAAACAUCGUGAAAGCCACAAAAGAAGUGCCCGAGUUGCUCAAGUUAUGAUUAUCCUUUUAUUCUCAAUUAUAAUUCAUUGGAUUUCGGUACUUCUUGCUUAUUUUACUUAUCCAGUAGGAUAUGGAUGCCGAAGCAGAUAUCUUACAGUAUUGUCUUCUAUUUGGUCAUUCAAUAACCUUAUUGCAUAUAUAUCUCAUAUUAUAGGUGAAAGAUCUGUAGAGGGUAAUAGAUUCAUUCAUGGAUGGUUUUGCCUUUGUGGUGUUACUAUUUUUAUCCUUUUGAUUUUGUUAGGCUUGUUAAGCCAUACACAAUCAUGGUGGAAAGAUCUAUUCGGAAACAUCUGUGACGAUGCAGCAAGAUGUAAGAUGUGA